GGCUGGAGGCAUGUCUUUGUAGCGAUCUUUACCAGGUUGUUUAGUUCAAGCCAACAAAGCACCAGAGAGCUGGAGAAGAGGAACAUGUCUAAGCAGGGCUACAGCAGCAGUAGUCGUGUACAGGAGAAGCGAGUGAGUGGAGAGUUGUUCUCCCUGACGUAUGGAGCUGUGGUGGCUCAGCUUGUGAGGGAUUAUGAGAGCGAUGAGGAGAUCAACAAACAGCUGGAUAAGAUGGGUUACAAUAUUGGUAUCCGGCUGAUAGAGGAUUUCCUAGCAAGAUCUCAGCAGGGAAGGUGUUAUGAUCUCAAAGAAACAGCAGACAUACUAGCCAAAGUGGGGUUCAAGACGUUCCUCGGUGUGGUCCCCGUGGUAACCAACUGGAGCCCAAGGAACGACGAGUUCUCUCUCAUUCUCGAUCAGAAUCCUCUGACUGACUUUGUGGAGCUCCCAGAGGACCACCCAAACCUCCUCUUCUCUAACAUCAUGUGUGGAGUGGUGCGAGGUGCUCUGGAAAUGGUUCAACUGGAAGUGAACGUGUCUUUUGUACAAGACUCCCUAAGAGGAGACGACACGACUGAACUUAGAGUAAAGUUUGUUAAGAAGCUAGAGGAUGCUGUACCAGCCGGCGAUGACUGAACUUCCCCAUGCAUUUCCUACAAACUAAGCUAGUCGUUAUUGAUUUCUUUCUUCCUGUUUUUAAUCUUAUUCAUAGCUUACAAAUUAA